AUGAAGAAGUGGAUCAGUUCUGAUCCUCUCUUCAACUGUGGCUCAAAUGGCUGGCUCUGGUUCGCCACGAUGGUCCAUGGGUUGUCCGUGGGUAAAGCCGACUACUUUCUUGUCCCUGCUUCUAAGCAUCAUACCACCGACAGAACAUUCAUGUAUCAACCUACAGUAGUACGAGACUACUCGUACAUAUCGGUCAUCCAGUCGUACAAGAUGACUCAAGCACUGUUUUCCCCCUGGGGUGUCCCGGCAAAUCAGCAACGGCUCCUAUGGAUCCGAAUUUCCGACUUCGAGCUCUCGACACAGAUCCCGACAGAUCCAGGUGAUGAUCUUUGUGACUGA